AUGUACGGCUAUCCUGGUGCUCCGGGCUACAACCGCCCUCCGGGCUUCGCAGGCACUCCACCUGGCAUGGCUGGCAUGCCACCGCCUGGAAUGGGUCCGCCAGGCGCCGCACUUCCUCCAGGUGUAGCCGCUCCCCCCGGUGUCGCGAAUGCCCAAGGUCCACCAGCCAUGAACGCACCACGCGCUCUACCAUCCGGAUGGCAAGCGCCCCAGAACAUGCCCAACUUCAAUCUUAAUGCGCCCGUCAUCCGUCUGGGAACGCAGGGAGGACGAAGUGGUGCUGUCGACAGCCCUAUAGGCGGCCGAAGGGACAAUGCAGCACCACCCGGUCGUCGUGGCCUUGGCAUGGACAGAGACGGCGAUCGCAGAGACGGAGUUCAGCCCGUCAAUCCUCCAUCACGCGAAGACAUUGCACGGACCAUCUUCGUUGGUAACAUUCCCGAUGGCGUUGGAGGCGACGAGGGCAUGGAGCGCAUUCUGGAGACGGCAGGAAAGCUCGUGCGCUGGACGAGGGCUACCGAUGCCAACAACAAGCCUCAGACGUUUGGCUUUGCCGAAUUUGGAGACGCCCAAAGUUUGGAAACAGCCGCUGAGAUAUUCAAAGACGUGCGUGUGCCUACAAAGCGACAAAAGCCCGGCAAGCCGAAAGCCGAACCCGAAGGCGAUGAGCAGGACGAGGUGGAGACGACACAACUGCAUGUCAUGGUUGACGACGCCUCGAUCAAGUACGCAGAGGAAUGGAGCAAAACCCGAAACGAAGACGAAGCUACAGUUCAGUUCAGGCUGGAUAGCGCAAAGGAAGCCCUCUCAUCGGUUCUCGCCAGCUUCUUCCAUCCACCAAGCGCACCCAACGUCGACUACGCAGGAGACACAACCAUGCAAGAUGCGCAGGCACAAGAUGGUGAAGACGUGGAAGUCGCGUUUGUGAACCUUGCCAACGGUGAGGAUGAGCUUGCAGACAUUCCGGCAGAAAUGCGUGACAUUGUCGCCGCAGAGAUUGCUGCUUUCCGCGAUCGUUCCAAUCAACGCGAUAGAGAACGACUUUUGAAGGAAGAGGAACUGGAGGCAGAGGAGCGUAAGCGGAGUGGUAGGCGUGCAUCGCCACCACCUUCUGCGCCUACUGGUCCCGGAGGUGCUAAUGGCGUACCACUUGGCCCAAGAGCAGAGAGGGGUGUUCAAGGUGCCCCCAGUGGGCCCAAGGGCUCCCAAUUCCCGCGUGACUACCAAGGCGGAGUCAACUUCGUCAAUGGUGGUGCUAUAAACAAUGGCGUAUACAUUAACCGAGAGGAUGAUGACGACUCGGCCAGCGAUUCGGAACUAGAGCGCCGUCGCAAGAAGAAGCGAGCAGAAGAUGCUGACGAGGCAUACAAGAAGCAACUCCAACGCUGGCUCCAAACAGAGCGUCGCACCUUUGCCUCCGUCGAACGUACAAACGACUACUUCAAGAACAUGGACGCGGAACGCGAGAAGGCUCGUACUGCACAGGCGAAGCAACUCCGAGAAUUUGACGAUGAUCAGGAAGCAGCUUCAAGGCGCGAUCUCUACUACCGCGAUCACAGCGAUUGGAUCCGCGACCGCGAGCAGGUUCGCGGCCAAGAGGCCAAGGAAGAUGCUAUCGAUCGAGAGCAGGAGCGACGCGAGCAGGCGGCACAGAGGAAGCAGAAGGAUCAUGCCCGUGGACAGGCCGAUGCCUUUUUGGAAGAACAUGGAGAAGAGCUUAUGCGCAGGGAGGAGCAGCGCGAGCCAGCACACUUCAAGAUCUCCCUUGGCGCUGCAGCCAAGAAGCUUGAAAAGACUGCCGCUCCUCGUCGAACCGCAGCGGAUGUCGAAAACUUGCUCGAGGACGAAGAUCUCACGGACCAAAGCGGCUCUAAGAAGCGAACUCUUGUGCCCAUCAACUUCGACGCUGCUGUACGUGCCAAUCUUACACAAGAAGAAAUCGAAGAAGCACAACGGCAGCUGGCACGCGACAUUCCCAACGACAAGGAAGGCCUGUGGAAAUGGCCCGUUGCUUGGGAGCAUCUGCCUCAGAAGAACAUCGACAAAGACAUCAAGCAGUGGGCUGCAAACAAGGUUCUUGAGCUCACAGGUGUUCAAGAAGAGAUGCUUGUCGACGCUAUCGUGGACCAUUUGAAGAGUAAGGGCGCACCUCAACCACUUGUGGAGAACUUGGAAGUCGCUCUCGAUGACGAAGCAGAGUCUCUUGUGAAGAAGCUUUGGCGUAUGGUCAUCUACUACAGUGAGACAGAGAAGAGGGGUAUUAAGUGA